GGGAAGCAUGCGCAGCACGUGGCCACACAUUGAGCAGCGUGAUGGAGUCACUGUGAUAUUUUGUACAUAGUUAUCCCAAGUUCCGGCCUUUUUCUCUCUCCGUUAUGUCAUUGUUCAACGCCUCCACGAAGUUCAGUGAUAACUACGAGUUAAAGGAGGAGCUGGGCAAGGGUGCUUUUUCAGUUGUCAAGCGAUGUGUUCAACGGGCAACUGGGUUAGAGUUUGCUGCGAAAAUCAUUAACACGAAGAAACUCUCUGCCCGGGAUUUCCAGAAAUUGGAGAGAGAAGCCAGGAUAUGUAGGAAGCUCCAGCACCCAAAUAUAGUUCGGCUGCACGACAGCAUUCAAGAGGAGAACUUUCACUACCUUGUCUUCGACUUGGUGACGGGAGGAGAAUUGUUCGAGGACAUCGUGGCGAGGGAAUUCUACAGCGAAGCCGAUGCCUCGCAUUGCAUUCAGCAGAUCCUGGAAGGAGUCCAUCAUUGUCACACGAAUGGAGUCGUCCACCGAGAUCUCAAGCCGGAAAACUUGUUGCUUGCAAGCAAGGCAAAGGGAGCUGCUGUGAAACUAGCAGAUUUUGGCUUGGCCAUCGAAGUUCAGGGAGACCAGACUGCAUGGUUUGGUUUUGCUGGGACACCAGGGUACCUCUCCCCAGAAGUGCUCAAGAAGGAGGCAUAUGGAAAGCCUGUAGAUAUUUGGGCAUGUGGUGUGAUAUUAUACAUCCUCUUGGUUGGUUACCCUCCAUUCUGGGAUGAAGACCAACACAGACUAUAUGCUCAAAUCAAGGCUGGAGCCUAUGAUUACCCUAGCCCUGAAUGGGAUACAGUGACACCCGAGGCAAAGAAUUUGAUCAAUCAGAUGCUCACUGUGAACCCUGCCAAGCGUAUCAAUGCUUCCGAAGCCCUCAAGCAUCCCUGGAUAUGCCAACGGGAACGGGUAGCAUCCAUGGUGCAUAGGCAGGAGACAGUGGACUGCUUGAAAAAGUUCAAUGCCAGACGGAAGCUCAAAGGAGCAAUCCUGACAACGAUGCUGGCAACUCGUAAUUUCUCAGGUAAGGCCCAAAGCACAUAUUCAGUUUAUCAAGAUAUGGUGCAUGUCAAUGCACAGAGUUUUGGCACUGUAGGACGGAGCAUGGUGGCCAAGAAGGGAGAGGAGUCCCAGGUGAAGGGAAGCACUGACUCCAGUACGACCAUAGAAGAUGAUGACAUCAAAGGUUCAUUCUUUCUCUCUGUCAUUGUCCUAUUCCCCCAUGCCUUUCUCCUUUUCUUCAUUGCUCCUGUUACUCUCUCCAAUGACAAUUUUCCUGAGAGGGAUGGUAAGCAUUCCAGUGGAUGUAAUUUACUCAGAGAAGACAUUGUGGGGGAAGGGAGUGUGGGGGGUGGGGCAGGGGAGGAACUAGGAGAAGGCAUCUAUGUGAGAGGGAUGAUGAGAGAGGGAAAGUAUGUGGAAGGAAGAAAAGGCAUCUAUGGGAAGUUGAAUGAAAGGGAGGAGAUGUCUUUGUGGGAAAGAGAAGAGAGGAGGACAACGAAACAAAAUGCUGUUACCACAUCUCUCAGUUCCUCUUCCCUGGUUCGAAGUGUGCCUUCUUUCCCCACUGUGAUAAGAACGCCUCCUGAUUUUCCCCCAAGUGGUAAGUCUCUCAGGGUCCUCUACUUCUCCUUGACUAAUUACAUCAGUUUAAAGGAUCUGAUUUCAUAUUCAUUUUUAAGUAGUGCAUGUAUGUUGCAUGAAACUUUUUGGUUUUCCAUGGUAGAGGACUUGUGCACUCGCUUGGAGAAAUAUCCCUUCCUUACCCAUACCUUCCUAGAUGAAGAAGAAGACUGGGCAUAUGAUGAGGAAUGUAGCCUCUUCAAUAUGAUGGAUCAA